AUGUCAAGCUAUGUCGCAGUUAAUAAUGAUGAGACUCAUUGUAAAUCACUAAAUUUAAAUGGAACUAUGCAUGAAAACAAAUUUGUGACAAAUGUUCACUUAGGACGUAUCACAUUCAGUCGACCGAUUGCAGAUUGGGAUUCACUAAUGUCUAAACAUACUAACUCAAGCAUUAAGAAAAGUCAUUGUUGUUUAAAAUCAUUAUCAUGUUGUAGUAAACAACAAUGGAAAUCAUAUUCGAUAUACUUUAUCAAGUCUAUAUUUCCAUGUAUUGAUAUUUUGACACAUUAUAAUUGGCGGUCGGAUUUUUUGAAGGAUAUCUCCGGUGGUUUGACAAUAGGCGUUAUGAAUAUCCCACAAGGUAUGGCGUAUUCAUUACUCGCUGGUUUACCACCUGUUUAUGGAUUGUAUAUUGGUUUUUUAAGUCCAUUGUUCUAUGCAAUUUUUGGACGUUGUACACAAUUUUCUAUGGGUACAUUCGCUGUUGUAAGCCUACUGAUUGUUGGCCCAAUUGAACAGCAUAGUUCAAAAGUCGCAGUUAAUCAUCAUAAUUCCAUCAUAAAUUCAAACUCUACACUAGUUGAAGAUAUAAUAACUAACAAGUUGCCACUACAAUAUUCAGAACCAAGAGCAAUUGUAGCCGUGACGCUUACUUUCCUAGUUGGAAUUAUACAACUUAUUAUUGGCUUUUGUCAAUUGGGUACAUUUACGUCAUAUUUAGCGCCAUCAAUGGUAUCUGGUUAUACAUCGGGCGCAGGUUUUCAUGUGUUAAGCAGUCAAAUCAGUUCAUUGUUCGGUGUAAAGUCUGCAAAGAAAUAUCAAGGACCUGGUUCAUUCUUUAUGGUCUAUGUGAAUUUGUUCAAAAAUAUACGUGAGACAAAUUUGUUCACACUACUUAUAUCUGCUGCAUCGAUUGCGUUCUUAAUGAUUAUUAAAUUUUGUGCUGAACCCCUAUUGAAACAAUAUAUAGAUUUGAAGAUUCCAAUACCCAGUGAAUUGAUUUUGGUUACUUUAGGCACUAUAAUUUCUGGUACAUUAAAUUUACACUCUACUAAGAAUGUUUCAAUUGUAGGAUAUAUUGCGAGCGGAAUGCCACAGGUAACAGUACCCCAUUGGAGCAUAAUUCCAGAUUUACUUCCAGAUGCUAUUCUAAUUGGAUUUGUUAGUACGUUUCUGUCAGUUUCCUUAGUGAAAUUAUUCUCUUUAAAGUACAGAAAUAAAGUUAAUUUUAAUCAUGAAAUCUUAUCACUCGGUAUUAUAAAUACAUUCACAUCAUUUUUCUCUUGUUUCGUCCAAUCUGGUAGUCUUUCUCGUAGUAUGGUAUUAGCGGGAACAAAAACCAGAACACCCCUAUCAGGUAUAUUCAGUUCACUGUUGAUUGUAUUUGUACUGUUAUUUUUGGGCCCGUAUUUUGAAGCAACUCCAUCAUGUAUUUUAUCUGCUAUAAUUGUGGUAGCAUUGAAAAAUAUCUUGACACAACCGAAGAAACUACCAUAUCUAUGGAAUACUUAUAAACCAGAUUUUUUUCUAUUCGCUGUAACAUUUUUGGGCACUAUCAUACUUGACGUAACUUACGGUCUGUUAGUUGGUCUAAUCUCUUGUCUUAUUGUAUUAACGGAAAGACAACGAAGCAUCAAACUACUGGAAUUGUGCAAUAUCUCAGGCACAGAACUUUAUGUUCAUAAACAUUAUGAACUAUUAACCAAAACGCAAAUAGAUAAAACUCAAUCUGAUUAUCUAUUGUCAUCGAUCAAAGCAAUACGUGUUCUAGGUUCAUUAAACUUUUCAUCAGCUGAAAACUUCACAAAUCGCAUUUACAAGACAAUUAAUAAUAUGAUGUUAGAUGAAGAUUUCAAUUAUGUUAAUAAUAAUGUAUUAAGUCAUCACAAUGGAAUUAAUGAUAAAAUACAAGAUGGAUAUCACAAUCAUUGUCAAUUAAAUGAAGCAUCUGUGAAUACAAAAGACAGUAAGAAUAAUAUUUAUGAACUUUCGAAAAUUUUAAAUGAGAGAAAUGGAACAAAAUCCGAUGAUAAUUACUUAUUGAGAAAUAAUGUUGUCAGUAAAUCAAGUGACACACUCAGGACAGAAAGAUGUAAUUUGUCUCAUCGUCAAACUGAACCAAAUCUACCUUCAUUACAUGUUGACCUGCAUGACUUUCUAAUGAAGCAUGAUGGGGAAAAAUUACGAAGAUUUCUUUUGUUGGACAUAUCUGGAAUUACUCACAUCGAUCCAGCUGGGGCUGCUGCACUCACAGAAAUACAACGAAAUUUGUAUAAAAACAAUCUCUUUGUGAUUCUAUGUGGAGGUAAAAGUAUUUCUUAAUUUUCAAGGUGUUUUGUUCUUUGAGCUAGAUUGUUGAAUAGUCUAGCUUUCAUCAACACACACUCCAGUAAGAAGUAAAUUAUUAGAAAUUUUCCACAAUCGUCUGACCUGCAAUUUCAUUGGUCACUUCUCAUUGAUGUGUGGUGGUUAUUCGAAUGUUUGUCUUGGUCGUUUUCACCUAUCAUCUGAUAACUGAUCUUUCAGGUGUUUAUCGUCUUCCUUAUUGUUUGAUAGAUUGAGUCGAUUUCCAUGUGUCUGGUUAUCGAUCUGUGGCCAGAAUGUUGAAGUUGUAAAAGUCCUCUUGUUUUGUUUCUGUGUCCACUGUUCAAUAUUUCGACUUUUCCCAAUCGAAGGCAUGUCGAUAAUUGUCUACAUGCAUUGUUGCAAGUGAAGCUAUGUUGUGAUGUUUAACACCUAACUGAUGGAGAGGGGAGUCACAUUGUCGUGUGAAGUGUUUGAAGAAGUUGCUUCAAUUUCUGUUGUAUAUGAUGUUUAGUCUGUCUUUGUUUUUUGAUGUAUAGAAACAAAAUGUUCCUGGACUCUACUAAUUGAUAUCGAAGACGAUCCAACUCCAUUCAAAUGUUUAUCUGCAUGUGACUGGUAUGUCUGUCCUGGAUUGAAAUCAAUCUAUCCUACAUUAUAUGAUGCUGGAGCUGUUUGUGUUAAGUUGCUUUGUCAAGAUGAAUCAAAUCCAAGGAGAAGCUCAGAAUCACGGGUAAAUGAUACGAAUAGCGAAUAAGUGAGUGAGUUAGUGUACAUUUUAGUAUUUCACUAUUUUAUGGUUUAAAACAAACGUUCAGUCUUGAAGAACCAUAGGGUAUUGAAUAGCAAUUUUAUUCAACCCUGAAAUUAACAAUAAUUAUGAAGCUACGAUCCAUUUUGUACUUAAUAGCCCUGUGGCAAUUGGAGGGGGUGUUAAAUUGUUUUGUUGUAAAGCUGUUCAUAACAGAAAUUCAUAAACCUAACUUGUGCACUGCCUAAAACUCAUUAAUAAAUAGUAUAUGGUGUCUUUAAAUAAAUACUAAUGACUGCAUGGUUUUGGCCCUCUUGGCUUUCUUUUACGGUCAAGCUGUUGGUCUAAUAGCUGUCCAUUAAUAUUUCUUACUGUGAAAUAAAUCUGAAUCCCAAGAAGUGUGACAGUUUCUCAAGGAUUAUUGAUUCGCCUUGAUUAAAAAUCCUAAACAAUAGGAAACCUAAUUUAAGAGUUCACAACCAACCUCUUUCAAGUUCUUGACAUUAAAAGAAAGUUCAUCAUAAUUAUGAGUAACUUAGAACAAAAUUGGAUUUACAAAUAAACGUUCUUUAAAGACAUUUUUAAUAAUAUCAUUAUAGGGUUGUGGACGUUAUGUUUUAUUUAGAUUGUGAACCGGUCAGUGUUGGAUCACCAUUGAAAACCUGGAAACACUAGACGGCCGUCUCGUCCUAGUAUGGGACUCCUCAGUAGUGAUUGUUUGGUUUUCCGUCAGUUAAAUCAUCAACCACCUUUCACUUUAUUUCGAGUGGUAAUUCUUCGUCAGUGAACACAACGGCAUGUGCACACAUAUAUUCACUGAUUGUGGAUUGACGGGACAUUUUAAUCAGCAAGCUGCAUAUUACCUAUUAACAAAAUCAGCGAUAUUUUAGACUGAUGAAAAAUACACUUGUAUGUUUAGUUUUUGCUAUCAAGUCAAGAGUUGUGUGAAAUCUGAUCCAUUAAAAGUGAUAACAAUAUUCAUGCUUAUCACGUUCUGUCUAUACUUGCUAAGCAGUUAAUGAGAUCUGUCUCACUGACCUAGAAGGUGAUGAAACCGAUGAGAAAACAAUAAAUUCGCGGUCUUUUUUUAUCAAAAAUAUUGAUCUAGUUAGUUUGCAUAUGAUUUAAUGUUCUCGGAGGUUAAUUAGCAUUUUCAUUCUAGUCAUUAGCAUCAAGUUAACUUCUUUAAAUAGAAAACGAAUGUUAAACGUUGAUCACAAUUACUUUCCAUAUACCAGAUUAUAUGGAGCUCGAUGAGAUGACUAGCUAUAUUGCAAGUCUGGAGUAUGAGAAAUAAUCAGUAUUUAAUACACUCAGUCAUUGAGUAAAAACGUUCGUACUCAAACUAUGAGCUGAAAUGAAGAAGUGGAUUCAUAGUCUUAAACUCAUGACUGACUAAACUAUUUAGCUGAAAUGGACUCUAUUUCAAAUGGAAAGUUUCAAGAUGGUGGAGAAGAUUCAAACUGUAUUUUAUUUGACACAAAAUUGAUUGUCUAGCUAAGGUCAAAUCAUGAUGUAAGCUAUGAAGAUUCAAUAAUUUCCACAUGCACCUUAUACCAAAAAAGAAUAUUAACGUGUUAUUUAGUGACGGGUUUCAAGAUGUAAUUCCAGGAGUUCUGAUGAUACUUUUUGGCUACUGGAAGUUAGACAUGUCGGGUGUGAGGCACUUAUCCACCAACAGAAAUAACGGAUUUUUUUGCGACAGCGCAGAUUGACUAAAGUUGGACACAUAAACCAUUAGAACCUGACUCAGUAGAUUUACCAUUAGGCUCUUGCUGUAGAUGUGAAUAUUUUGGGUUGGAACCCCUGAAGAGAUGAUAGAUGCGCACAGCUAAGUAAUCCCACACUAGGAUGAAACAGUCGUCUAGUACUUCCUGGUUUUCACUGGUUGUUUCACUACAAUCAGGAAAAACGCGCUAACAACAACAAAUAACACAUAAUACGUAUCCUUAAAAUGACGAAACAGAUCAAUCAACUUAAAAUGACUCAUUCAUUUAGUAGUAACUAUGUGGCUUAAAAAGCAUAAAUUUAGAGAAUGUGCAAAUAGACUAUAAUAGUUAAUGUUAUUGUAAAGCAAACUUACUAAGUACUUAUUAAAAUGAGAAGAAUUAACUGCUCAAUUUUCAGUAAUUCACGGGACUUAACUCUAUAUUAUGCUACAAGGAUCCUUGAAAAUGAAAACAAAUUUAUGUCUUACAUGUGAUUUAUGGCAGAUCAUGCUGGAAACAUGAACGGUUUAGAUAUUACGAUAGAUUACUAAAAUAUUAAAAGAUAUUAGUCCAAAUCUUCAAACGAAAUGUUAAUUACUUUGAUACGUCAGAUAAAAUGAACUGUCACAAUCUUUGUGGACAGGUAUCUUUAUUUAAUCCAACCUUUCACUAUAAAGAUUAUCACCUAAUAUCAUCGCAUAAAAGUUUCAUAAAGAUUUAUUUAAAUAAUUAAUCUUUUUAAGUAAAUUGUGGACUCCAGGUAUUUGUAUUUCUUUGUUGUUAAUAAUUAAACUGACUUUGACUAUUCCUCCAUUCAGCAUAUGGGUUUCUGUAACAAAUGUUUGAAUAUUGCAUAGAUUAAUAACUCACUUUUAUUAAAGAUCGUUGGAUUAGCAAUACGUAUUUCAGUAUUUGUAAAUAUAUGACAUCUUUAUAUCUGUUAAAGGAUCACACUCUAAGUGAUUACUCUACAGGGGUUUCAAUCACUGAGUACUAGUUUUCACUUUCCGUUUAAAUAUUAACACAGAUAAAUUCAGCUGAUUAAUGUUAGAUAAGAUAAAAUGCUUAUCUCUAUUCAAAUCUUAGUCUUUCCUUAGAAUAAUUCUGUAGUUACUGGAUAUGUAAUGAACUUCUGUUACGAUUAAUAAUAUUUUACUUAUUAACACAAUAUUAUCUUUGUAUGAUACUAAAUCACUAUGUUCCUUUUUUCUUUCUUCCAAAUUCAUAUGUUUUAGAAAACUCAAUAGUUUUUAACGGUA